AUGCAAGGCUGCGGCGCGUACUGGACGAUCAUUGUACCGCCCAAGACGCAGGCCGAAGAGGCUGCCGAAGCUUACCUCUUUGUGCUACCAUACGGCCGCAGUCAGUUCUGGGCCUCGCGUCCCAUCCGCUUUCGCCGAUGGCACCUCUUCUUCGCUGUCUUUUGCGUCCAAGUGAUCAGCGGCUCCAUGUACGCGAUCGCCUCGGCGUUGAUACAGCCACUGGACUUGCUCUUCCAUGGCAGCGCGACAGCCAACGAGGUCGUUCACGCCUUGUACGUCGCGAGUACAGCCAUGGGUAUCACCGCCGCUGUGUCGGGUCCGGCUCUGGAGCGCCGCGGGCCGCGCUGGGGCAUGGCCUGGGGCACCGUCGGCAUGGGUGUUGGCUGCGCGCUGCUGCAAAUCGCCGUGCACGUUGCGAGCGAGGCUGUGCUUUAUCUUGGGGCGCUGGUAGCAGGUAUCGGCUUUGGCUUUUUGAUGCUGUGCUCGACCGCGACGGCGCAAAAGUGGUGUCCCGACAUCCGCGGCGUUAUCACUGGUAUCUCGUGCUUUGGGUGGAGUAUUGGGAGCGACGUCUUCUCAGCCUUCUUCCGCCACAUCGUCCCGACACCCUUCUCCGGCGGGAUCUCGUACGUUUUCUGGGCCUACGCCGCCACGGCAGUGCCCGUCCUCUUUCUCAGCAGCUUGGUGCUCCGCACACCGCCGCCCUCGUUCCACGUCCAAGGCAAGACCAUGCAUUCGCUUCCCGUCGAGAAGGCGCCGUGCCCGAUCAAGAUCCAAGACGAGUACCUCAACGUCGGCAUGACGCUCGUCAACUAUGACAUUGUCCGCCGGUCAAGCAACACGACGACGACCCACCAUCUCGAAGGCACGGACCGUCGGUACUUUGAGCAAGUGAAAGCGCUGACUCUAUUGCAGUGCAUUCUCUCGACGGACUUUCUGCUGCUCUACGUGGCGUACGGCGCCAACGCAACCGCAGGCCUCAUCAUGUCGGAGAUGAGCAUGAUGCUGGACAGGAAAAGUCUCCUUCAGGUGUGGUACUUGGACAUAUCGGACGACGAAGCCAGAAUGUUCCAGCUCAUGUCGUUUGUCAUCAACGCCAUGAGCCGUCUCUUGUACCCGAUGCUGUCAGACGUCCUCAUUCGCCUUCUGUACGCCAACCCCGCAGCCGCGCGGAAGACGUGUCUCUGGCUCCUCGUACUUGUCCACGCCGUCACGCUCGGCAUCGGCUUGAACAACGACAGCUUCCUCACGGAUGGCGACGUCUUGACGCACGUCAACCAUGUCAUUCGGGCCGUCUCGGGUGGUAGCGCGUCCAUGAUCAUCUGCCUCCUCACCGACAUGUACGGCGUCUACAACAUGGGCACCAUGUACGGCUUGAUGAUCUCCAGCUGGUCCAUUGGCAUGGUCAUCGUCGGCGAGACCUUUGCGGGUGAGCAGAGCGUCUUUUACGAUCAGCUCCGCGUUCUCUGGGGUGUCGCGAUCGCAGGCUGCAUCCUCAUGCUGUUUGUGCGCACCAACUCGAAAGACCGGUUCUUCCGCGGCUACCAGCUCACCAUCUGCAACAAAAUAUGGAUCCAGUGGCCGCUGCCGUCGACAGCAACGUCGGCGAGCCAUGACAACGACAUGGUGCUGCUCUCGCCCGACAACAGCCCGAUUUUCCUCUGGACGUCCGACGCCGAGAUGAGUCAGCACCGCGACCGAACCACGACCCCGUCCCUUUCUGUGUAA